AUGGCGGCGCUUGUCUGGGCCAGGAAGGUUUUUUUGCGCUAUCCCAUGAUCGGAAACAUGCUCAUAUGUGGGACGAUGUACGGGUCAGGUGAUCUGAGUCAACAAACCAUAAGGAAGUGUGAAAAGUAUGACUUCAGAAGUACAGCGAGGGUGGCGGCAGUUGCCUGUGUGUUCUUUGGUCCUAUAUACUUCAAGUGGUACAAAUUCCUGGACAAGUUGAUCAAGGGCAAAACUCCUAAGGAUAUAGUAUUCAAAGUGAUUCUAGAUCAGGCUGUUGUGGCUCCCCCGUGUAUUUGUAUCUUUUAUAUAGCAACCAGUAUUUUAGAAGGCAGGGAAGACAAGUUUGCUGAACUUAAAGAAAAGGGCUUGAAGACAUUUGUUACUGGAACUUUGUACUGGCCAAUAGUUCAGUCCAUUAACUUCUUCUUGUUACCUACCCACUACAGAGCUGCUUACGUGUCUUUGUGUAGCUUUAUAUGGACCAACAUUCUCUGUUCUAUCAAGUCAGCGGGUAUGUUGUGGUGGGCCAGAAAUACGGAUAAAACCAAUUCCAGAAACUCAGCCUGGGGAGUCAAGAGGCAUGAUUCCACUUUUACAGGUCAUUGUUCUCUUGCCAGGAAUGCUGUUAGUUGUGCUCGGCUGUGCUGGAAGACAGUUACUGUGGCCAAAUCCCCUUCAGUAGAGGUGCCACACUGGCUUUGGCUUUGA